AUGAUUAUUGGCGGGAUACUCGUAUUGCUGUCCAGAAAAGUUAUUUUCUCGCAGAAAUCUUUUUCAUAUGAGAGAUGUUCAAUUCAAGAAUUCGAUAAACCAUGGAUUGCUACUCUUUUCAUGUCUAUAGGAUUAUCAUUUUCGAACAUUAUAUACAAGCUUAUGCUCGUUUUUGAUGCGAAAAACUAUCGACUAUUCACAAAAAUUGAAUUUCGCUUAUAUCUACAAGGCCUAACAAUAGCCAUUCUUGAUAUUAUCUAUUCAACUCUAUACAGUAUUGCCAUAGUAUUGAUAAAAGAGCAAUAUGCCACGUUAUUUAGAUUUGUCAUCAUAUUAUUUACAGCUUGUCUAAGAAGAGUCUGGCUAAAAGAAAAGCUUCUUGCAUAUUCAUAUACAGCACUCGUAAUUGUUACGAUCGGUGUCGUUCUUUCUUCAAUUUCCGUUAUUUAUGAUCAAUUAAAGGUAGAUACUAUUAAAUACAAUGCCACUUUCUUUAUUGCGCUCACACUACAAAUUUUGGCGCAAUUAGCCUUAUCAAUUAAGACAAUUCUCGAAGAACAAAUUUUACAUCAGAAUGACGUCCAUCCAACAUGGUUUUGCGGUGUCAUUGGUAUUUAUGAAACAGUUAUCAUCCUAUUCAUGGUAUACCCAAUUGUUAAUUUCAUUCCUGGAAAAACAGGAGCCGGAUUAUCCGAAAAUUUUUGCGAUGCAAUCAAAAUGAUUGGACAUUCUAAAGUUUUAAUCAUUGAGUUUGUAUUGUUUCCGCUUAUUGAGCUGUUUUAUAAUGUUGGAAUCCUAGGAGUUAUUUUUUCCACCAGUGGAAUCCACAAAAUUGUUUUUGAAAUGGUUUACACUUCAUUUGCAUGGUUUAUUGAGUUAUUUAUAUAUUACGCGAUGAAAGGAAAUGUAUUCGGCUUAGCAAAGGAUAUGGGAGCAAAAUGGGAUAAGUACAGUCCAAUGAGAUUAGUUGGAAUAGUUUUGAUUUUCAUUGGCUCCCUUCUUUACUCAAAAACAAUCAAAUGCAAAUGCUACGAAUACGAACAAGCUGAUACUCAAGUAUUCAGAUUAUCUGAAGUUUGUUCUAUCGAUCAUGAAGUUUGA